AUGAACGGACUCAAGGCUUUCGUGCUGCAAGAUCUUCCUAUCGUCUCGUCGAAGGGUCUCCAUAGAUCUACAAAACUGCCCUCCUGCAAUCUGCAUUGCGCGACUUCGUCCCGUCGAUUCUGGAAUCUGUUCGAAUUUUCGAAUAAAACCGAGGUUCCCCAUGACUCGAAGCGAUGCGAGCCAUCGAAAGACAUCGUUCCAACGGAGCGGAUCGCGUGCGAGACGGAAGACGUCUGGACAAAUCCGCCGAGCGUUCCAACGAUAGGAGCGAUCACAUCAAUGACGAUGAAUUCGAGGUUGUACGGUUAUAAAUUGGACCCACGAGUAACGCCGAUAAACAUGUCUGAGAUGAGUCCCCUCAAAAACGACGAUUUCAUGUCCUUGCUGGACGGGAACCCUGUUCCCAAAACGAUGAAAUGGAAGCUGAAAGGGUACAAAACGCUGCGACGUCGACGGACCGACGACUUCGCGUUCGUGCCAGGCGCCAAAUACGAUUACGACGUGGACAUACUGUCCUCGAGCAACUGCAAUGCGAUGGGAGAUGUUCAAACUUCCCCGAAAACAGCGAAAAAUGCUAACGCCUUGGGGAAAGAUAUAAUAUUAUCGGCUAAAGCGAUCGAGACCAAGGACCGAGCCGAGUUCGCUCCGAGAAACGAGAUCAUCCGAUCCGAACAAGUGGAAGUAACAAAGAUCAAUGAGGCAAAAAGAAAAUUUCAAACGGAAGAAUUGAAUAGCUCGAAUCCAAUGGAGACAGGAGUAGUUUCCAGCGCAAAGAUCCAAGCGGCGCAGAAGCUGCUCUCGCUCCCGAAGGUCGAGAAGAUUAUAUAUUUACCGAUUUCUAAGCCGGAAGCGCCGGUGAUGAAGUGUCAGUCGCAGCCGUCGGCUCCGUACUCUUCGCGGCCGCCAGAUGAUUCCCGGAAGCCGCCGUUGCAUCCGCAGUGGCUGGAGAAAAUAGGCGCUACUGGGAAGUCUUCGUUGAAUAGUCGCAAAAAAGAUCAUCCAAUAGAGUAUCGUGAACAAAGUCAGCCUCCAGACAUUGCUCGACAAACAUCAUCUAUCGAACGAUCGUCUUGGAGAACGGAGGAAGGACCUGAAGUUAGAGAAGAAACGUAUACGCAACCGGAAACGGUUAAGCCGGUGGAGGAAACGCUUUACGCGGAGGCUCAGCCAGAAACGAAGACAACGGAGCCUAGAGAAUCCGAUUACCAACCAAUGAAUAAAUCAAUAUCAUCAGACCAAUCGAAUAGUCCUCAGAUUCCGAAGCUAGCCGAGAGUAAGAUGUCCAAAGAAGAAUCGAAAAACUUGGCCCAUUCAUGGAAGCACGAGAGUGUCGAUGACCAGGUUCGUUUCCAAAAGAAGAUUGAUAAAACCAGUCUGCGCAGCGUUUACGAGUCCAUGGGGAUUCCGUCCAGAGAGACUCCGCCGCUGAAGAUCGUUAGUCCGAGUCUAGACCAAGCGAAGACGUCUCCGUGCGCUGCUACGCGCGCCAGGCUACAACAAAAUGGCGGCUCCCAGCGGCAGCAAGUCGGUUCCUUCGGUUUCGACGGAUCCUCGAUGGCGGGUAACGGCGGGGGAUCGAGGAAGCCUCCGGGCUCUUAUCCUCCGUUCCCCGGCCGGCGAUCGUCGUCGAACAGCUCUUUGCUGGUCAAGCCUGCUCGCGUUUUGAGGAAGUCUAAAGCUGUGAACGCGAAAACAUCUUCGAAGAAUAUUUCGACCGGCGGGGAAAGAUCAACGCCCAAGAGGCGCGACGAGGAUGACGGGGACAUGAUCGAGGGGAAGUCGGUGUGCACGAAGCCGCGGGAGAACAAGUGUUCGCGGGAUCAGCAUCGGCCGAAGCAGAAACCGUGCAAGCGUUACUGCUGUCCCGCGUUGCAGGUGUCGUCCGACUGCGACUGGGACAAGUUCCAGUGUCCCAAGCAGAAGGGUCAGCAGGAUUGCAACCGGGCGCACGAGAGGAAGCGUCAGAAGCCGAAGAGGGAUCCUACGUGUCUGCCAGAGGAGACCGAAGCUGACGCCAGCCGGGAGGUGUGCACCAGCCCAAGGAAGUCCACCGGCAGGAGGGAUAAGUGCGACAGGGAAAGGGAAGACAGAAGCUGCGACAGACAGGCCAGUCAGAGGCGGGAACGGCAAAGCUGCAAACGCGAGCAGCGCAGCUGCGAGCGAAAGGACAGGUCCUGCGAGAGGCAGGAAAGACGACAACGCUGCGACCGGGAGCAGGGCGGCCGGGAGAUCUGCACGAAACCGCGCAGUCGGGAAUCGUGCGAUCGUCGAAGGGACUCUUGCGAUCGCGAUCGCAGAUCGACGAAGUGCAACGGGAGGCGGAAUUACACGCAGUUGGCGUACACGAGGCAACCGAGCGGGCGCAAGAACAUCAAUCGAUUCUUCUCGAUGUCCUCUCUCGGCCUCCCCUUCGUCGGCGCGGCGAACAACAAGUGCAAGCACUCUCUCUUCCGCAACCCGUCGAUGAGCAGAUUCUACGGGAAGAAGGGAUCCCCGUGCGACAAGCCGCCGUCUUGCGAGUCCGCGAAGAAGAAGUGCGAGAAACCGCCAGCCAAAUGUCUGAACCAGAGGACGGAGAACAAGUGCAGAGCCAGGGAGGAGACGCUCUGCGGGAAACCGGAAAGGAAAGCGAGUCCUUGCGGCUCGAGCGACAAGGCGACCGACAUGUGCGCUAGGAAGAGGGAAGACAUUUGUAAAAGCAGGAAAGCGGCGACAUCGUCGGAGGAGGCCGAGACCGCGAAGGAACGGGCGGAAAGGGAGCGGAAAGAGAUUGAGCGGUGCAAGAAAGACAUCACAGGCAAAGACAAGAACAAGAAAAAAGGGGGGAAGAGUGUGACCGGUUUAGAGCGUGUCGUCAGCCCCUGCAAACAGAAGGGCGGGUUGGGGUCGUCGGGCAGUUGCGGGCAAGCCGCGUGCUCCGCUGUCAAUUGUCUGCCCGGCGUCGAUUCCUCUUUGUUCGUCAACCGGGACAACAAUUUCACGAUCACCAACAGCCUGCCGGAUCGGCCGUACUCCACCGCGAGUCUCGGUCUGAUCGAUCACGACGAGAAGGCCUUGUCCGAUGUUCACCGGAACGACUAUUGGAACCUGGAUGAUAACGUUUUAGCGGAUGCCGGCCAUCUUCAGGGCUUCCUUCGACAGUCGGAGGACGCGACAACCGAUAGCUCGUAUGGCAACUGGUUCCUAUCGUGGCUUCAUGGCUGA